AUGGGUGAAGUUGGCAGCACUUCAGUUUACUUUUCCUCCGAGACGCCGGCAGCAGAGCCCUCCGUGGAGGAUUUCGCCUUUCAGAGUGUCGCGAAAGAGAACUCUAGGGAUUUAUUUUUGGCUCUUUUCAAGUUUAAUUUGCCAAAGGCCUUUGAAGAAGUUCACGUCGAUGCCGAAACCCACACAUUUGCAGCUCUCAGCAGCAGUUUGCGACCCCCCGGGCUGCUGCUGAGCCUCCACAAGUCUAUCUUAGCAGCAGCUUUUAUGAAUGGCUUUAUUGUCUUUCUUUGGCGCCGCAACUGCAAGAGUCUAAGGAGUGUCCUUGUGCACAUCUUUGCCUCCACUUCGCUCCCAGUUUUCGUCGGCGGAUGUUCUGCAACAAACCUGCUCGAAACACUCCUUUCUUUUGGCUUGGCAGCGCCUGAGACCCUCGCGGCGAAAAACUUGAAUUGCAUUUUUCCUUUUCUCAUUUGCAUGCAGGAAGCAGCAGCUCCUCCAUGCAGUCUCUGGCCUCAAGAGGCUCCUUCUUUUGCAGAAAAAGCAGAGUUCAACAAAAGACUUUAUGAAAACCUCACUGGCGCCCAGCUUGCCCUUGCGCUGAUCAACAGCAGCAGAAUUCCCCUCUGCUGCAGCACAGGCAGCUCUGCUGCUGCACUGCCUGCUGCUGCUUCCCACAGUCUCAAUUCGGAUAGCAGCAAACAGCCGCUAGCAGCAGCAGCAGCAGCAGCAGCAGCAGCGCCCCACAACAAACGGGCAAGAACAGCAGCAGCAGCAACAAAGGGUCUUGCUGCUCUGGCUCCUCCAGCCAGCAGUAGUGGCAGCAGCAGCAGCAGCAGCAAACUGAAGUACGAGAAUUUCUUUAAGAAGGCAGAGGGCGUGCUGCGCUACAGCCUUUCCAGCUGCAAACGGCUGGUGGUCGCAGCAGUUCAAGUUCCGGAAAUCUGCAUUGCAGCAGAACUCAGUGAAGACACCCAGCUGCUGCUGGGUUUGCAAGAAAUGCAAGUGAAGAAGACGGCGCUGUGGAGCAAAGUUUUGCAAAAAGACCCCGAAGCCGAGCUGCGGGAGGACCUGCAGCAGCAGGCCCGCCUGCUGCUGCAGGCCUUCGUGCUUUCCCACUCUGCAAGAUCCAUGUGGCAAUUUGCUGCAAAAGAAAUUCAAAUUUCUUUCCAAGAUUUUUCAUAUCAAAGAACUUCACUUUCCAAACUCUUUCCUCAAGUGGCACUCUGGCAGGAAGAAGUUCUCUUGAACUCUCUGGUGGCGCGCAAUGCGAAAGCAAGCCAGAAAAAACAGCAAGAGCCUCCAGACAGUGACUGCUUUGAAGGCGCCGUUUACGCAGCCAUAAACAAAACCAAAAGUGACCUCACUCUUCGGAUUUUGUCGGAGACACGGGAGCUGCUGCUGCAGCAGCAGCAGCAGAUACCGCUGGUUGCUUUCUGGGAAAACGUUUUUGUUGCAGAGGAAAGCUCUGAGCUGCAAGACGAGACAGCGCAGCAGCUGGCGGGGUGUAUCAGUCGCGCCUGGCACCAAACAUUCCCCAACAGCAGCGGCGUUUUCACUCUGCAUCAGUUCAUCACUGAGGAUCUUUCGCGGCUUUCUUUGAGCCAUUUGACUUGA